AUGACAACUGAAAGAAACCAGCUGCAGAAGAAUCUCAAUACCCAAAUCAAUAAGAAAAAUCAGUUGCAACAGAGUCUAACCACAAAGACCAAAGACUCGGACCAGCUGCAAAAUAGUCUUUAUACAAAGACUAAGGAGAGAGACCAGCUACAGAGUAAUCUCAGUACCAUGACAACUGAAAGAGACCAGCUGCAGAAUAGCCUUAACACAAAGACUAAGGAGAGAGACCAGCUACAGAGUAGUCUCAGUACCAUGACAACUGAAAGAGACAAGCUGCAGCAUAGCCUAAACACAAAGACUAAGGAGAGAGACCAGCUACAGAGUAGUCUCAGUACCAUGACAACUGAAAGAGACAAGCUGCAGCAUAGCCUUAACACAAACACUAAGGAGAGAGACCAGCUACAGAGUAGUCUCAGUACCAUGACAACUGAAAGAGACCAGCUGCAGCGUAGCCUAAACACAAAGACUAAGGAGAGAGACCAGCUACAGAGUAGUCUCAGUACCAUGACAACUGAAAGAGACCAGCUGCAUCGUAGCCUGAACACAAACACUAAGGAGAGAGACCAGCUACAGAGUAGUCUCAGUACCAUGACAACUGAAAGAGACCAGCUGCAGCGUAGCCUUAACACAAAGACUAAGGAGAGAGACCAGCUACAGAGUAGUCUCAGUACCAUGACAACUGAAAGAGACCAGCUGCAGCGUAGCCUUAACACAAAGACUAAGGAGAGAGACCAGCUACAGAGUAGUCUCAGUACCAUGACAACUGAUAGAGACAAGCUGCAUCGUAGCCUGAACACAAACACUAAGGAGAGAGACCAGCUACAGAGUAGUCUCAGUACCAUGACAACUGAAAGAGACCAGCUGCAGCGUAGCCUUAACACAAAGACUAAGGAGAGAGACCAGCUACAGAGUAGUCUCAGUACCAUGACAACUGAAAGAGACCAGCUGCAGCGUAGCCUUAACACAAAGACUAAGGAGAGAGACCAGCUACAGAGUAGUCUCAGUACCAUGACAACUGAAAGAGACCAGCUGCAGCGUAGCCUUAACACAAAGACUAAGGAGAGAGACCAGCUACAGAGUAGUCUCAGUACCAUGACAACUGAAAGAGACCAGCUGCAGCGUAGCCUGAACACAAAGACUAAGGAGAGAGACCAGCUACAGAGUAGUCUCAGUACCAUGACAACUGAAAGAAACAAGCUGCAGAAGAAUCUCAAUACCCAAACCACUGAGAAAAAUCAGUUGCAACAGAGUCUAACCACAAAGACCAAAGAGAGAGAUCAGCUGCAAAAUAGUCUUAAAGUAAUUACUGCUGAAAGAGAUCAACUAAAGAACAGUCUCAAUUCAAGGACUAAAGAGAAAGACCAGGUACAGAAUAUUUUAAAUACCAUGACAACGGAGAGAGACCAGUUAAAGACCAGACUUCGUUUCUAUGAGAAACCCUGUCCGGAGGGAUGGUGGAAGUUUGACGGCAGCUGUUAUUAUCUGUCCUCCACAAAGGACACAGGAGGGGCCAGUCAGCGGGCGUGUCGGGCAAUGGAUGCAGAAGACGUUAUUAUAAACAGCAGAGAAGAACAGCUAUUUAUCCAUGGACUCAAGAAGAAUGUCUGGAUUGGUAUGUUUAAAAAAGACACAGAGUGGAAAUGGGUUGAUAGCACAACAGUUACAUCCACGUACUGGAUGCCAGGGGAACCCAGUAGUCAGGAUGGCAUAAACUGUGUGGAAAUCACACAGGCAGCAUCAGACCCACUGAAAAGUUGGAGGGUAGUGUCUUGUGGCACAAAUACAUUUUCUGUGUGUGAAAAAAAAGCCUCAUAAUGAUUGUUAUCGUUAAUAGAGGUGGAUUGUUUAUCCUGGUGAUUCACCUGUACCAUGUUAGAAAUAGAGUUGAGAUGUCUUGUUUGACUUUGAAUACUAACAUUACACUUACAAUACUGUACAGGAAAUAUAACCAAACGCCAAGGUAUUUACGUUAAGUUGUGAGCAGAUUGGUAUAUCUGGUUAAACUGAAAAGAGGCUGGGGAAUCACUAGAGGGAUAAACGAUGAGGUCAUUUUAAUAUUUUGAUUGAAUAUUUUCAGGGCUGCCUUGAGUUCUAUAAAGACAAUCCCUACUCUCGCCCAUUUUAAUAUCUUCAUCUCCUUUGUCUACUAAACACACUUUUGAGACGUGAUUUUGGUUCUCUUGGAUGUCCUCUUAUGUCUGUCCUAAAACCUGCAUUCUCCUGCCUUAUUCAUGGCUUUAUAUUCCAUCCAAAAACAUUUUUGUUGCUUAGAUUAUUCAUGAACUGCUUUUCAUUAAUCACACAUAGUUUAAACUCUGACAAAACUGUAUGCACACACUUACCACAAAUGUUUCAUGUUUUGCCUUAAAAGCAGCUUAUUCUAGCAUUUUUAUCUUUUUGGGUUGACGCACAGGUCAUCUGUUAUGGCUGAAAGAAAACUCAAACUCCCAGACACGUUAGUGGAAACGCUGAUGAGGCUAGCUAACCGCUAAACAGCAGCACUUCAUUUGUCAAUUUAGAGGAUUACAAAGCAGAGGUCGGUCCUGCCAAUCUUCGGGAGGAACGAGGAGCCAGAUUAAACCAGCUGUAACAGGAGCACCGUGCUGAAAUUACUGUGAAAAAGCCUCACGCACGUAUUGUCUGGUAAAUAUUUGACAGCUGAAUAAGAGGAAUAGAUAAACACAAUGAACACAAUUCUUUAAUACUUCCAUCUGUUACCAGAGAACAGCAUGGAGUUCUCCUCUUCCCUACUCCGUUCAUUGAUUGGUCUUUGACCUUUAAAAUUGGUUAUCUGACCUACGGAAUUGGUGCAGUGGUGGUUUUAGUGAUUUCAGGGCCCAAUGAGACUGGUUGAAGCUCCAUCGUCAUCUAUUGAUUUACACCGGCAACAUUUGGAACAGAACUUCGUUCUUUAUUGUUGAAUGAAACUGCAACUUCCAAAGACACUUGCAUUGUAAAGAAGGACUUUUAGGGACUUUAUUAAAUGAAUUAAUAAUUAGCCCAUGAAAUAAUUAAAUAAAAGGGGAAAUAUAUCAUUUAAAUGAUACAGUUCCGCUCAUAAGUUUGCGUACCCAGGCAGAAAUUGUGAAAUGUUGUCAUUGAUUUUGAAUUUCCUUAACUAAAAUAUGACAGAUCAUGAUUUUAUUUAAAGUUUGUUAUCACAUAGUUGUUUGGCUCCUUUUUAAAUCAUAAUGAAUACAGAAAUCACCCAAAUGGCCCUGAUCAA